AUGCGAGUAAGAAGUCCGCCUUUUCGAACGAAAGAUGCUUCCGUCCCAGAGAACAUAUUGCUGGGUCAGACCUGUCUGUUCCUCCUGCACGCUAGCGCCUGCCAGGACCCCACCAGCAGCAGUCACGCCAUAUGCUUUGGUAGUGCAAGUCCUUUUAAGCGCAAUUGCAUCUUCUCGAUGCGGUUGUCUGUUCGCAGCGUGACAGCUGGGACAGGGCCGUCUACCUCGCAGGGUCUUGGCCUAUGGGGCGAGGCUCCACAGCAGUGCCCUUUAGUUUCUCCUCCCGUAUCUCUAGGCGCCCAGGAGUUUGGGAAAUGCUAUUUAUUUGCAGCGCAUGAAGGAUGUGAGGUCACUACAGAUAUGGAGCAGGAGAAGCCGGUAAAGAUUGCGGUGGGGGAAACUGCAACAGUACCGGUAACAGGGUGGAUUCCGAUAGGCGGGUUCAAUACGUCCACUCAAUUCGUCGAUGAUCUGCGUGUAACCACGUAA